AUGUCUGAAAUCGUCGAUCUUGCAAACCUCUCGGAUGAUCCGAAGAUCCAACCGUAUCUUCUUGGGGAUGAUGACAGCUUUGUGUGCGGACUGAACGGAGAGCCGCUGCGCCUUGAGGAGGACUUCAGUGGAAAUGAAUGUACUGCUAGGCUGAUCGAGAGGGGGAAUGUCGUAUGGACGCAGGCAAACGCUUCGGAAGAUCUGAGUUCCGACGGCAAGUUCCUAUACGUCGUGUUGUCUACGAAGAAGAACAACAACACCAUCCCCGUUCUCCGCCUGUUUACGUCCGCCUAUAUCCGGGCGCUCGCCGACGAUGACACCGAGCACGUCGACAACAAGGAGGCCAUCCAAGAUUUUCUUGAUGGCUAUGAGCUGGAAGGUAACGCCAUAGUUCUCUCGGAUAUUGAGGACGAUCUUCCGACUUCGAAGAUCAAAGGCGUCUUGACCGAAGAUGAGUUCGACGACAACUUCGUUUUCGACCAGCGUGUGGUUCUCAGCUACCGCAACAUGAACGAGUUCAAUCUUUACUUAGCUGAGGUUGCCGAGGGCACGCCGGAGAUCUAG